CAGUCUUAGUCGUAACUGACUGUGCGAGGAAGUACACUUGCUGUAACGAGGUUGCUAAGGUUUUUCUGCCGAGGAUUUUUGGUGUAAGGAGAGGCUAGACUACCUCAAAUCAAAGGUAAAUGAUGUUGCUAAUUAUUGAAUUUUAUAGUUUUCUUAAACGUAGUCGUUGUCUGCUUAUUAAACCUUAUAAGCUCUCAGUCAUUUGACGGUGAAACACUAAACAUCAGUUUCCGACACUUGAUCUGUUAAAGGGAGCACUAACUGUAAUAACUUUUUGGUGAUUUUGGCAGCCAAUAGUAUAAAAAAAAUUAAAACGUUAACCCAUUGUUUUCAAGUUUUAAUCCCUGUCCAUCCAUGCCAUCCGUAGCGGCUCCAGGCGACAGGAAACAUUUUUAAUGCCCAAAUAAUGUCUUGAGUAACAAAAAAAAAAAAAAAUUUUGGAAUUUAAUUGAUGCGAAGACAAGCUUUAGCAUUUUAAAACAUGUAGAAAAUAGACUGAGUCGGAGCCCUGCGCUAAAUAGCGCUAAUGGGUGUUUUACGUUUACGCUUCGAAUUAUAACUCUCUUACAUACUCUUAUGACUCGUAUUUAAACUACUCAGUCAACAGAAGCACUUGCAUUAAAUUUGACUAACAGAUAAAUAGCCAAUCAUUUUAGCCUACUUGUUGAUCAAGCUACAGCUAAUCGCAACCACUUGUUUUUUUCACUUUCUUUAGUGCCAGCAUGAAACUUCAAACCUUUUCACUCAGUCUGCUAUUGCUGAGCAUGUUUUGGAGCCAGUGCUUCUCAGCUUCAUCUUGUAAAAUGGCCAAUUGGUGGGGAACAUUUGACCAUAAAGGUUGGUCUACCUGUGACUCCUCGACCGAGUACAUCAAGGGUCUGUGGAGGAACGAUCCUUCAGGCGAUGAUGAGAUCUACUUAUUAGAAGAAGCAAAGUGCUGUUCAGCUCCCACGCCAUACGAAAGCAUGGCAUCAACUUGUCAAACGGCCAAUUGGUGGGGAGUAUUGGAUGGGUGAGUAUUGGCUUUCCAGUUACUACAAAUCGUAAUCGAAUGGAAGUCACGCUAUUUAAAAGAUUUUCAGUUGAAAAUGGAUGAAUGGUAGCAAUCCUUUUACAUGUUAGCCCAGUCCUGUGUUUAAGGACUUCUAAUAUGGAAUCCUGUUAAAUAUAAGGGACCCCUUUCUCGAAGGUGCCGACAAUAAACCGGCAGGGAAAGCUGUUGCUUGUAUUCGAGUGCGAGAGGUUUCCAUAGCUUUGCAGAACUGGUAAUAUUCAUGCCUGAGCGCUUCUAGGAUAUAUAACACGUUUAGCAUUUAAACCCGUAGCCGUAAAAAACAAUUAGGUAGUUGUUCUAUAUCCUUUCUGGUUCACCCAGGUAGAAGUCCUGGCAUGAUAUCAUUAUGCCUGAGCGCUUCUAGGAUAUAUAACACGUUUAGCAUUUCGACCCGUAGCCGUAAAAAGAAAAAAAGAUAGGUAGUUGUUCUAUAUCCUUUCUGGUUCAUCCAGGUAGAAGUCCUGGCAUAUUAUUAUGCCUGAGCGCUUCUGGGAUAUAUAGUAGCAGUUUGACCCGUAGAAAAAACAAACUCAGCCGUUCAUUUUGUAGGAGAUAUUUAAGCGUUUUUGUCUGUGUUAGCAAUGUGAUCGACUUUAUACGCAGACCUUAAUAAUAUGCUUUUUUCUUUGACGGCACUGAAUAAUUUUAGCCGAAACUUGAGCCGUACAUUUGUUGAAUGCCGCGCUUUAAUUAAAUUUCUCGCCCUAGAAUGAUGACAUGAUGGCGCGAAAAUUGACGCCUCUAUCGUAUUAGAUGGGAAAUAUGAUCAGAGAUAAAUGGAAUAGUGAAUGUUACAAGCUUCUGAGUAUCCAGCUGAGAUAGGGGACUUUUAGUCCCCUAUCUCAGCUUGAUAAACAAAAUUUUUUGGUUGCUAAGACGGUGCGGUUCGUUAUGUGACAAAACGAUCAGUCAACAAAACAAAUGGACUGGCUUGUUAGUGAAGUCUUGCGCUUUCAUUCUUAAGAUUUUGAUUUUAAAUGUUUGACUUUGGGUUCAAAAAAUUACCGAGACUUUCAAGAAACGUAACCCUGGGCCCAGUUGUUAGAAGGCCGAUUAGCCCUUAACCGGGGUUAAAUUUAACCCUGGUUUCUUUUUCUUGUGUUCAAAAGCAUUUUCUCGGAUAAUUUUCUCUGUUAUUUUUAGAGCUUCCAAUCAUCAACUUGUAGACAGAAAGAAUUAAAACUGAAAUGGUUUUAAAACUUUCAAAUGUUUAUUCAAAUCUCGCACUAACCCUGGGUUAACUUAACCCAGCUUCGAACAACUCGGCCCUGGUCUUUGUUUUUGAAAUGCAGGGAAAACGUCUGGGCGGUCUGUCCAACCGGCUACUUUCUUCAAGGUCUUUGGCGAAAUGAUGGUGAUGGUUGGAUUUACAAAAUUGAAGAAGCCAAAUGCUGUAAACCCAACACACUCCCUGACCAGUAUAAAGAUUGCUACAACGAGAAUAUAUGGGGGUCAUUUGAUCAUAAAGGACUGAGUGAGUGUAAGGCAGACGAUUACUAUGUGGCUGGAUUCUACAAAUCAGACUGCGAAAAAAUAUACUGUAUUGAGGAGCUCAAAUGUUGCAGGAUGAUCACAGGCGAGUUUUGUUAAUAAUCCGAAGAACAUUGUAUCAUAUGGUUGGAUAAAACAUGAUGUAGUACUUUUGAGUAAGUGAGGUGACAUUCAGUGAUUUUUUAUUCCAUUUUUAUUCCAUUUUAAUCGAUAAAACUGGAAAUAUGUUGUGAGUUUAAAGAGCUAUGUCACAUCAUGGGAAAAAAAGCUAAAACUUAUCUUCACAUCAUUUGAAUAACUGCAAAAGUAAUGGUCCAGUUUUGUUAUUUAAGACUAUAUUUUGGCAUUAAAAUGGGAUUGGCAUGGAUUGAAAUUUGAAAAACCUGGGCCAACCUUUUCACGUUUUAAUGAUAUGCCUGCAAACAUUACCAAGCAAAAAUAUUAUGGGUAGUGCUCACUGAUGAAAUUGGUUUGAUAUUUUCAUACUGAACUCUACAGGAGCAUAUUAAUUGUGUGUGGAUAUAGAGGAUAUUACACGGUGACGCGAAGAUAUGAAUUUUAUUUUCGAGUGGCAAAACAAUAUUUUACUCACUCACCCCGCUCGUUCGUAAACUAUUGUUUUGUCACUCGAAAACAAAAUUCAUACCUUCAAGCCGCCUUGUAAUGUUCUUUUUAUUAUAUAGACAAAAAGACAUCGAUAAAAUAAUAGAUUCUUAUUCGCCAAAAAGUAAUUGUGACGGCUGAAAUUUACAGUGCAGCAAUAUAAGACAUUGUUUACAAUAAUCUUGAGAAAUAACACUGAGCUGAAUAAGGCUCUACAGUGACAAAGUAUAAGCAAAGCUUUGAAAAAUGCGUAAGUAAAAUUCAAAAGACGCAAGAUGCCGACAAAUUUCGAAGGGAAAUUACCGAAAUUACGUCAUCGAUAAACCGUCACGUGUGAGAUUAUGGAAAAUAAACCACUCGGGUCCCGGAUGUAGUUUUUAUGAAUUUUACGAGUGGUAUAUUUUCCAGUAAAACACUCGUGUCUAUAUAAUAAAAGUAAUUACUUAAUGUAAAAUAAGAUCUAAAUAGAAAUAUCCUAAUGACCUAGCCCCUUAAGUACAGUGGAUUUGACAAAAAAUUACCAGCGCUUUGCUACCUCUUUUGAGAACUUAAAAUACAGGAGUUUCAAUCUCUAAACCAAAAAGUAGAACUUUGAUCAUAGAGGACUCUGACCCUCAAAAAACAAUAAAAAGUAAAAUGAAAAUAAAUGUGGGUAGAUUUGCCAUAUGAGUGGCUAGAACAUCCGUACGUGCAAUUUGUUUGGAAAUAUUGCUGAGUUCAAAAGCGAUGCUGACUGUUUUACCUUCCACUUUCAAACCUGUCUUGCAACAAAUCAGGUUGCUACAAGUUGCGUGAAUACUGACUUCUGAUUGGAUAACAUUACGCGGAAGUCACGCCAUACACGGGAGUAAAGCACUUGCUGCAGACCCAGUUUGCCUUGGGCUGGUAAAAAGCGAAACAUCAUGUACAGGUUUCGUAGCACUACUCUCUUCUUUCUGCAACAAAGUUUUGACACGAUAAUAAUAAAAGCUAACAAGCUUGUGGGGUCGGGUGUAAAAAGUAAAGAAAUCUGUCAACUAUAAAAUAAAAUAAAUAUAAAUAAUAAGAUAAGACAUCUAACAUCAUAUUUAUAAAACGAUCAAAUAUAAAUAAAGUCAUCAUUUCGAUACCGGACAACUGAAACUGAAACAACGUUGAAAGAAGUUUUUGUUUUCAAUCAAUUGUAUACAGCUCAUUCUGGUUUCUAUGUGAGAAUCCAGGUUCAUUUAAACUAAUAGUGUUCCAGAAGACUGCACCUCUAUAAGCAAGGUAAUCCUUCAUGUAUCUAGUAUUAAAUCCUUCUCUUUGAUCAUUCUCUACAGAUAUUUGCAAAUACGCCAAUCCAUGCAAAAACGGUGGAACUUGUACCGCCGUCCCGUUUGGAGCGGGCUACAUCUGCGAAUGCCCAUCUGGAUAUCAUGGGAACACCUGUGAACUUGGUAAUGUCUAGUAAACGCUUUUUACUUGAAAAGUUCCAAUAGUGAGCUGCUAACAAUAUCCGUGAUACAUCACCGAGAAAAAAGGUUAUGGGAAUAAAUGAAACGAACACUUGACGGGAAAUGCUUUGAUAUUUUAUCGUUUUCCCCCAACUAGGUCUUUAAAGGAAAUGUAUGAGAAUCAGUCUAGAGAAUUUGUAUGUGGAUUUUUUCAAGGUGCAGAGUGCUCUUUCUGACUAUGUGGGUCUUGUGUUGAAUUAUCUUAUAAUACAUGGACUCUGUCAGUUCACCCAGUUUAAAAUCCAGUCAUACGAUAAGAUUUUUAAAAUCAGAUUUUGUUUCCCUAAGAGACGCAAGAAUGCAGGAUAUGCUUACACUUGUUUGCAAGUGUUUGGUCAAUAUGGAACAUUUUUAUUUACCUUCCUUGUUUCAUGUUCGUUUAGUAAGAGUUAUCUCAGGGGGGUUAAAAAGCUCAUUGUGCCGAAGGAGGCCACUACUACUUUUGGACUAAAAACUUUUCAAUACUUAGCUAUUUCAAACUGGAGCUCUCUGCCCGAUGAAACAAGAAGAGCUCCUGAUCUGAAUACUUUCGUACGAAUGUAUAAAGCAGUUUAAAACUGAAGUUAAAACUUUCCAAUAAAAUAGUUGUGUAACUAUAUAUAUAUGUAACUGAUGUCGAUAUGGCAUGUAUUUUAAUUGCACUAUUUCUACUUUCAUCUCAUUUAAUAUUUCUCUUUCGGAUGCACUAGCAGUAAAUAGAUGCUACUCCAAAAUCCAAAUUGAAAUAAGGAUAUGAUUGAUUGAUUGAUUGAUCCGCGUUCCGUAUAGCCUACAAGAGCAGACGCCUUUUUCGUGAAACAAGAGCCGAAAUAGGCGUCAGCUCUCACAGGCUACUUUCCUUACAGAAAUCGCGCAAAAUUACGGAAUUUUUUUUGAGAACGAAAAGCCUCUUUCUUAAGUAGCCUGAAAAAAAAAGUCGAUACUUCACGACGCCACCACGAAAUGACGUCACUGAGCAGUGACUGCAGAAAUUCCCUCAUACUGAUGACGUUCACUACCCAGAUCUGGGUAGUCCUUCUGCUGAUUGGAUGAAACAAAUUUCUCUCGCGUCAUGACCAAUCAAUACCACUACCUAGACCUGGGUAGUGACGUCAUCAGUAUGGAAUUUCUGCAGAUGUUUCCCAGACGUCAUUUCGCGGGGAAACCAGUUGUAGCGUUGUCAAAUGUCGUCUGUUUUUUUAGGCUACUUCUUCAGAUUGGUAGUAAAACACUUAAAUUAACGUCAAUUCUAAUUUUUUCUUUUGUUGUUGUUGUAGCAUCGGGAAAAUAAGCGAUUGCCUUUCAAUGAGAAGUAAUACAGGUAAGGCUGUCAAUUCUUACUGAUACUAAUGUCUAUAAAUUGGAGUUAUCUCGUCUGUUUUCUUGCCUUUCAAAGACAUUUAACUGUUCGUAAUAUCUGCAUACAAAUUGAAUAAUUUCAUGUCAGUUUCAUAUCAUUUUAGACAGUUUUUGUCUUCAUGUACUCAGUAACGUCUUUAUAUCGAAAAAAUGUUAACUUAAAUCGACGUUUUACUUUGUCUUAAACAUGAUUCUAAAAUUGACUCUCUUAUGAUAAUGCUAUAUUCUGUCUUUUAGGCUGCUGAUCUUCAAGACCAAUUAAGAAGUUCCAUCUGCGACAGGA